AUGGCCGCCAACGACAAGGACCUGGCAUCGUCAUCCUUGGUGCCAGCCCCCGACGAUGACUACAUCGAUUGGGACCUGUUGAUGGUGGAGGCGGAGGAGGAUGAUGGAAAGGAGAAAGCGAUUGACAACGACGAGGCGAUCGCUCGUGCUGUCCAUGAGGUGGAACUCAUCAGCGCAGCCGAGGAAACGGCGGAGGCCAUCGUCACUGACGAGGCCAUCGCACACCUCUUGGCGGAGGAGGUGGAGAUGGGUGGCGACUCCGACACCAACGACGACGAGGAGGAGGAGCAGGAGGAGGAUGACGAGAUGGGCGGCGACUCUGACACCAACGACGAGGAGGAGGAGUUGGAGAUGGGCGGUGACUUCGACAUGACCGGUGAGGAGGAGGAGGAGGAUGAGGAGAUGUGCGACUCUGACAUGACCGAUGAGGAGGAGGAGAUGGCCAUCGCCGAUGGCGAUUCAGAUGACAACACUGAUGAAUCAUAG